AUGGAUGGAGAGCUGCCCUCCACUGAGGUGGAUGGAGAAGUGUCUUCUGCAGUGGUUGAUCUGGGACAGGAGAUACCCUGUGUGGACAGCAGUACUGAAGGAGAUGUGUCCUGUGCCCAGAGGGAUGCAGAAGGAGAGAUGCCCAGAGCUGAGACCAGCACAAAAGAAGAGGCACCUUGUGCUGAGGGCAGUGUUGAUGGAGAGCUGCCUGACCUGCAGAGCCAUGGGGCAGGAGAGAUACCUGGCCCUGUGAGCCAUGGGGCAGGAGAGAUUCCUGACCCUGAUAAAGAUGUGAAAGGAGAGCUGCCUGGAACUGAGGGCCAUGGGGCAGGAGAGCUGCCUGGUGCUGACAGUGAUGUGGAAGAAGAGACAUCCGGCACUGGUAGCGAUGGGGAAAUACCCUGUGCUGCAAGUGAUGCAAAAGAGGAGGCAUCUUGCUCUGAAAGUGAUGGGGAAGAAGUACUUGAUCCUGAUAUGGAAACCCCUGCUGAUUCCAAGAAAAUAACCUCUAUUUCUUCGUCCUUACGGGCAAUCAUCCGCCUGCGCCGGCGCUACUGGGGGCAGAAGAAGAGCCGUUUGCACUUAGAGCUCCCUCGGGAGAAGUCUACAGAGCUUGUCCACACGAGGCUGCUCCAAAGGCAGCUCUCCCUGAAACGAAUUGGCCUGUAUGGCCCUUCCAUGAGCUUAAUUAACCAGGCUAACUUUGAAAGCUCCCAGUACUUCACCUUCGACACGUCUGUCGAGCAAUACGCCAUGAAGAAGAGCAGGCGGAAAACGAAGCGAAGGAAAUCUAGGAUGGUCCUGUAUCCAGACAAAACAAAAAGAUACCUUCCAACAGAGGAGAAGAGCAAGGCAAAACGCUUCCUCCUCUUACUCAUUGGCAUUAUCUUCUUCCAGAUUCUCAAUGCGAUAGAGAACCUGGAUGAUAACCUCCAAAAGUAUGACCUAGAUGCUUUGGAGAAAACAAUGCAUCGGGAAGUAUUUGGGCAGAAGGUUGCUGUGGAAGGCAUUAUGGAAUUACUGAAAGAUUAUCUGGCCACCCACAUCCACAACAAGCCUCUAGUGAUCUCUUUAAAUGGCCCAACAGGAGUUGGGAAGAGUCAUGUUGGCUGGCUGCUGGCCAAACAUUUCCGUUCCGUCAUGGACAAUGACUUUGUGCUUCAGUACUUCGUCAUGCAUCACUGCCCCAACGGGGUGGCUCCUCUUACUUGUGAGCUAGAUCUGUCUAAGAAGAUCUCUGACAUGGUUACAAGAGCAGAAAUAGAGGAGAAGACACCAUUGUUUAUUGUGGAUGAGGUUGAACUCAUGUCUCCAGUCCUGCUGGAUACUCUCAGCCGGUUCUUUGAGCCCAAUCAAACCAAUGAGUUCCUCAAUGCAAUCUACAUUCUAAUAAGCAACAUAGGAGGUGGUGAGAUAACAAAGUUUGUUAUCCAGAAUGCAUCCACUGAGCUUCUGCAGCAGCCACGAGGAGCUGAAGAGCUGCUGAGUGUGGUCCAGCCGGUCCUGAUCGACACCCACCCUCUCUGGAAGUCUGCAGACAUCAUCCCAUUUGUUCUUUUGGAGAAAACUCACGUCAUAAACUGCUUCCUGGAACAGAUGAGGAGGGAAGGGCUGUAUCCUGAUCAGAAGCACAUUGAAAAUUUAGCCAGUCAGCUCAGUUACUACACUACAGGGGACAAGCAGUACUCCAGGAUGGGCUGCAAGCAGGUUGUGGCCAAAGUCAACCUCCUGUAG